CGGCAGCAACAGCGGAGGCGGCCCCCUUCAGGCGCCCGUCAGGGAAGGAACGGAAAGAGGGAAGGCGGGCGGGCGGCCACACGAGCCCCUUCUCCCGAGCGCCCCGGCCCAGGAUUGCUGGAUGUUGGAGUAGCGGCGAGGACGCGACGAGGAGCCGGCUCAGGAAUGGAGCGGCAGCUCCGGCCGGGCGGCUGGGAGAAAAGCCCUUUCCUGCUGCAGCUGCUGUUGUGGCUGCACGCGCGGAGCCUCGCGGAACCCGCCGCCCAAGGAAUAAAUAUGUCUGCUGCCGCUGCUGAUUUAAUGCCUACAUCAUCAUGGAAUAUGACGAGUGAACUAGAGAAAGAUUAUUUCUUGACACUUGAUGAACCUAUGAACAAUAUCACCACCACUCUAGGCCAGACGGCAGAACUGCAUUGUAAGGUUUCUGGUAAUCCUUCCCCCACGGUACGUUGGUUGAAGAACGAUGCUCCAGUUGUACAAGAGCCAAGAAGGAUAUCUUUCCGCGCAACAAGCUAUGGGUCUCGAUUACGAAUAAGAAACCUUGAUACCACAGACACUGGCUACUUUCAGUGUGUGGCAACAAACGGCAGGAAGACUGUUUCUACAACUGGAGUACUGUUUGUGAAAUUUGGUCCUCCUCCAACAGCAAGCCCAGGAACAUCUGAUGAAUAUGAAGAAGAUGGCUUUUGUCAGCCCUACAGAGGAAUUGCAUGUGCAAGAUUUAUUGGAAAUCGAACCAUUUAUAUGGAAUCUCUGCAUAUGCAGGGUGAAAUAGAAAAUCAGAUUACUGCUGCCUUCACUAUGAUUGGAACAUCCAGCCAUUUAUCUGAUAAAUGUUCCCAGUUUGCUAUUCCUUCCUUGUGCCAUUACGCUUUCCCUUACUGUGAUGAGACUUCUUCAGUGGCCAAGCCACGAGAUCUGUGCCGCGAUGAGUGUGAGAUUCUGGAGAACGUCCUUUGUCAAACUGAGUACAUCUUUGCAAGAUCCAACCCAAUGAUUUUGAUGCGCUUAAAGCUGCCUAAUUGUGAAGAUCUUCCGCAGCCUGAUAGCCCUGAGGCAGUAAACUGUAUCCGCAUUGGCAUCCCUAUGGCAGAUCCAAUUAAUAAGAAUCACAAAUGUUAUAACAGCACUGGAGUGGACUACCGGGGGACUGUGAGUGUCACAAAAUCUGGGCGACAGUGCCAGCCAUGGAAUUCUCAAUAUCCACACACACACACAUUCACUGCUGUCAGAUAUCCAGAGCUGAAUGGGGGCCAUUCCUACUGCCGUAAUCCAGGCAACCAGAAAGAGGCUCCAUGGUGCUUCACCUUAGAUGAACAUUUCAAAUCGGAGCUUUGUGACAUCCCAGCCUGUGACACAAAGGAUUCCAAGGAAAAGAAUAAAAUGGAAAUUCUUUAUAUAUUGGUACCAAGUGUUACAAUCCCCCUGGCUAUCGCCUUACUGUUUUUCUUCAUCUGUAUGUGCCGCAACAACCAGAAGGCUUCCUCCCCUCCAGUGCAAAGACAGCCGAAGCAUGUCAGGGGGCAGAAUGUGGAGAUGUCAAUGCUUAAUGCAUACAAACCGAAGAGCAAAGCUAAAGAACUGCCUCUUUCUGCUGUCCGUUUUAUGGAAGAGUUGGGUGAGUGUGCUUUUGGCAAAAUCUACAAGGGCCAUCUUUAUCUGCCAGGCAUGGAUCAUGCUCAGCUGGUUGCAAUAAAGACACUAAAGGACUUUAACAAUCCACAGCAGUGGGCAGAGUUCCAGCAGGAAGCUUCCUUAAUGGCAGAGCUGCAUCAUCCUAACAUCGUCUGCCUCCUUGGUGUUGUGACUCAAGAGCAACCUGUCUGCAUGCUUUUUGAGUACAUGAACCAAGGGGAUCUCCAUGAAUUUCUUAUUAUGCGAUCGCCACAUUCAGAUGUUGGAUGUAGUAGUGAUGAAGAUGGUACUGUAAAAUCCAGUUUGGAUCAUGGGGAUUUCCUGCACAUCGCAGUCCAGAUUGCAGCAGGGAUGGAAUACUUAUCAAGUCAUUUUUUUGUCCAUAAGGAUCUGGCUGCUCGCAAUAUUUUAAUAGGAGAACAGCUUCAUGUGAAGAUUUCUGAUCUGGGAUUAUCAAGAGAGGUGUAUUCAGCAGACUAUUAUCGAGUUCAAAAUAAGUCCCUCUUGCCCAUUCGCUGGAUGCCUCCUGAGGCAAUUUUAUAUGGCAAGUUCUCCUCUGAGUCAGACAUCUGGUCCUUUGGUGUUGUUCUGUGGGAGAUUUUCAGCUUUGGUCUCCAGCCCUAUUAUGGAUUUAGUAACCAAGAAGUCAUAGAAAUGGUUAGAAAACGACAACUGUUACCAUGUCCUGAGGAUUGUCCUUCCAGAAUGUACAGCUUGAUGACAGAAUGCUGGCAUGACGUUCCAUCCCGGAGACCAAAAUUUAAAGAUAUCCAUGUUAGGCUGCGCUCUUGGGAAGGGCUGUCAAGUCACACUAGUUCUACUACUCCUUCUGGUGGAAAUGCUACCACUCAGACGACUUCUCUCAGUGCAAGCCCAGUUAGCAAUUUAAGUAAUCCUAGGUAUCCUAAUUACAUGUUCCCCGCACAGGGUAUACCACAAGGCCAAAUUGCAGGAUUCAUUGGUCCACCAAUACCUCAGAACCAGCGAUUUAUUCCUAUAAAUGGAUAUCCAAUUCCUCCUGGAUAUGCUGCUUUUCCAGCUGCCCACUACCAGCCUGCAGGCCCACCAAGGGUAAUUCAACACUGUCCUCCACCAAAGAGCCGUUCCCCAAGCAGUGCUAGUGGAUCAACGAGCACUGGUCAUGUGACCAGCUUGCCCUCUUCAGGAUCCAACCAGGAUGCAAAUAUUCCUUUGCUGUCUCAUAUGUCAAUGCCAAAUCAUCCAAGCGGGAUUAGUAUAACUGUUUUCGGAAACAAAACUCAAAAACCCUACAAAAUUGACUCCAAACAAGCUUCUUUGCUAGGAGAUUCCAGUAUUCUUGGACACAACGAGACUGUGAUUUCAGCAGACAUGUAAAUAUGUGAGACUUUUGUAAAUAAACUAUUUACAAUAUGGACUAGAAUGUUUUAGAUGAGAUUUAUAUUCAAAUAUUUUAUUGGAGAUUUUUUUUUUCUGGCGUAUAAAGAGAUAUUUACAAUUAAGUAUUUUCUGUGAAGUUUAUUUGUCCUUAACAGUAAAAAAAAGGUGCCAGGUCUCUCUCUCUCUCUCUCUCUCUCUCUCUCUCUCUCUCUCUUUUAGUAGCUAACACUCAACAUCUAGGAUGUGCAUUUAUUUCACAGAUAUUAAGGACAGGAAGAAAUCUUUGUGUGAUUGUGUUUUAAAGAAACUUCUCUGUGACACGUUUUAUCGGAUCACAGUUAGCUUCAACUCUGAUUUUAAUAUUUGCCAUCUUCAUGGAUGAAUGAAUGAAGUUUAGUUAUAAAAUAUGUAGGACAACUAAUUAUAUUCCUUUACAAUGGAAAUUUCACUCUUGGUUAGUCUCAUAUGGUGUAGAAGGAUCACAAUGUAUACAUAAAUGGCUGAUCCUUUAGAUCUGGGUGGAACAAAUACAGUGCCAAAUUUACUUUUAUCACAUCCUGAUGCAUACAUUGUCUCGUUGUGUCCCCCUCCCUAGCAACAUCUACCUGAUCAACAAAUGAAGUAGGGCUGCCAUAUCAAAUCAAAAUGAGAUAUUUGUAUCCUUUUAAUACAAGAAUAUAUGUUUAGGCAUAUCACUUUGAUUGGUAGAUAAAUUAUUUUAAGUAAACAUGUCUUGUGAUAAGUCUAAACUCAUGCAUUAACUCAAAAUGUAUUAUUUUGUGUUAUGGCAUAAAAUAUGCUCAUUGCAGAAAGCAGUACAAAGCAAGAUACAGCAAAUUCAAAGAAUCAUCAUGAAAUGACAUGCAUUAAAUGAGAGGGAAAUAGUUCUUGACUUUAUACCUGUAGUCCCAAUUGUAUUUUAUAUUCCUAUGUUGCUAUGCAAUCAUUUAAUUAAAGAAAGUGCUGCAUUCUUAUAUUAUAGUAAAGAGACAAUCAGUUUUCCCAAUAAUAUUUAUUAUUUCAGAUAGAAGAAAUAGCUUUUUACUAUUUCAGGAUAGUAAUGGGAAGUUCACAUUCCAAUAAAUUA